AUGGGUCUCUACCUCCUCGACUACGGCGCAGGAAACGUCCGCAGCUUAGCGAACACGCUCAAAAAACUAGGCCAUGAGUUUAAAUGGAUAUCGUCCCUCGAGGAUUUUGAUAAAGCCACCAGUCUCAUAUUCCCCGGAGUGGGGGCUUUUGGCAGCGCCAUAGAUGGUCUAAUUUGCAGAGGCUUUCUCGAGCCCCUCCGCCUGUACAUCAAGUCUGGCAGACCUUAUUUUGGAAUAUGCAUCGGCAUGCAGGUGUUGUUCCAAUCGUCCACGGAAUCCCCCUCUUCCUCAGGCUUAGGAAUAAUACCAAGCGUCAUUGAGGAGUUUGAUAACUCGGAUAAGGCGGUGCCCCACAUCGGCUGGAAUUCUGCUGAAUUUCUCGACCCGGACAGGAUCCACGAGGGCAUGGACGAAACGUCCUACUACUACUUUGUGCACUCAUAUCGUGCCAAAUACGACUGGAAGAAUGUAGAGGCCGCGAAAUGGGCUCAUACAACCACGCAGUACGGCCAAGAGGUCUUCUACGCCACCGUGCGAAAGGGCAAUGUCUUCGGCGCACAGUUCCACCCCGAGAAGUCUGGGGUUGCGGGCCUGAGGAUCCUGGACGCGUGGUUACGGGAACAAGAAUCAUUCCGAAUGUUUGCGCCUCCCACGUCGCCCAUUCCUCGUCCCCCCAGAGCCAGGGAUGGCUUCACGAAGCGCAUCAUCGCUUGCAUGGAUGUUCGGUCGAACGAUGAUGGGGACCUCGUUGUAACGAAGGGCGACCAGUAUGAUGUCCGGGAGAAAGCUCCCACGGCCGCAGACGGCACCGAUUCGCUCCGCACGCGCACUGCUGGUGCCGUGCGUAACCUCGGCAAACCUGUCGCCCUCGCCGCGCGCUACUACGCUGCAGGUGCGGACGAGUUGUGUCUCAUGAAUAUUACGUCAUUCCGCCACUCGCCCUUACUCGACCAGCCCAUGCUCGUCGUCGUGCGUGCUGCCGCAGAGGAGGUCUUCGUGCCACUUACCAUCGGCGGUGGCAUCAAGGACACGGUGGACCCGGAUGGGACGAAACGGUCUGCGCUCGAAGUGGCCGGUGAAUAUUUCCGCGCAGGCGCAGACAAGGUCAGCAUCGCCACGGAGGCGGUGUUCGCCGUGGAGAAGAUGCGCGAGCGUGCUCGCGACGGGGGCAUCGGAGAGGGAGACGGUACAAGCGCGAUCGAGACCAUUGCGCAUGCCUAUGGGCGGCAGGCGGUCGUGGUCUCCAUUGACCCCAGGAGGGUUUACGUCGAUGCCGAUUACGACGGUCCACACAAGGACGAGCUUCUUCUGGGCAAGCCAGAUGGCUCGGAAAACGAGCGCGGUAAGGCGUGGUGGUACCAGUGCACCGUCCGAGGCGGACGGGAGGACCGGCCUCUCUCAGUGGUCCAGCUUGCCAAAGGCGUGGAGAAGCUAGGCGCUGGGGAAAUCGUUCUCAACAGCAUCGACCGCGACGGGACAGGUCUUGGCUUCGAUACCGAUCUCAUCACGCUCGUCAGGAAGAAUGUGAAAAUACCCGUGGUAGCGAGCAGCGGUGCUGGUGGGGAGAAACAUUUCGUGGAGGUGUUUACAUGGACUAAGGCUGAGGCCGCUCUAGCUGCCGGUAUAUUCCAUCGCGAGGAGGUGACCAUCGGGGAGGUCAAGGAAGCGUUGUCCGCAGCUCACAUCAAUGUCAGGAAGUAG